AUGCCUUUUGGCCUAAAAAACGCUCCGUCCACCUUUCAGAAGAUAAUGAAUGCAUGCCUAUCAGGACUCCAAGGUUCACGAUGUUUCGUAUAUUUAUACGACAUCGUUAUUUACUCUUUUAAUCUCACUUUUCAUAUAGAUAACCUCAAUGCUGUAUUUAACAGACUCAGAAGUUAUAAUCUCAAGUUGCAACCUGAAAAAUGCGAAUUCCUUCGUAAAGAAGUGAUUUAUCUAGGCCAUAUAAUCGAUGAACAUGGUUUUAAACCCAAUCCCGAAAAGGUGAGGGCAGUCACUGAAUUCCCAGUUCCAAAAUCAUCCAAAGACAUUAUAUCCUUCCUAGGAUUAGUAUCCUACUACAGACGAUCUAUCCCCGAUUUUUCUAAAUAUGCCAAAUCUCUUACGCCACUUUUAAAAAGGAUGUCCCUUUUGAAUGGAAGAAUGAAUAAUAGCUUUCCUUUGAGACGUUAA